AUGGUAAUGCUAAUGGUAAUGCUAAUGCUCCCUCUUUCCAUCACCCCGCCCCAUUCUCCCGCUUUCCAUCACCCCGCCCCAUUCUCUCGCUUUCCAGUAUCCCGCCCCAUUCUCCCGCUUUCCAGCACCCCGCCCCAUUCUCCCGCUUUCCAUCACCCCGCCCAAUUCUCUCGCUUUCCAUCACCCCGCCCCAUUCUCCCGCUUUCCAUCACCCCGCCCCAUUCUCCCGCUUUCCAGCACCCCGCCCCAUUCUCCUUCUUUCCAUUACCCCGCCCCAUUCUCCCGCUUUCCAGCACCCCGCCCCAUUCUCCCGCUUUCCAUCACCCCGCCCCAUUUCCCGCUUUCCAGCACCCCGCCCCAUUCUCCCGCUUUCCAUCACCCCGCCCCAUUCUCCCGCUUUCCAUCACCCCGCCCCAUUCUCCCGCUUUCCAUCAACCCGCCCCAUUCUCCCGCUUUCCAUCACCCCCCCCCAUUCUCCCGCUUUCCAUCACCUCGCCCCAUUCUCCCUCUUUCCAUCACCCCGCCCCAUUCUCCCUCUUUCCAUCACCCCGCCCCAUUCUCCCGCUUUCCAUCACCCCGCCCCAUUCUCCCGCUUUCCAUCACCCCGCCCCAUUCUCUCGCUUUCCAUCACCCCGCCCCAUUCUCCCGCUUUCCAUCACCCCGCCCCAUUCUCCCGCUUUCCAUCACCCCGCCCCAUUCUCCCGCUUUCCAUCACCCCGCCCCAUUCUCCCGCUUUCCAUCACCCCGCCCCAUUCUCCCGCUUUCCAUCACCCCGCCCCAUUCUCCCGCUUUCCAUCAACCCGCCCCAUUCACCGGAUUUCCAUCAACCCGCCCCAUCCUCCCUCCUUCCAUCACCCCAACCCAUUCUCCCGCUUUCCAUCCCAACCCAUUCUCCCGCUUUCCAUCACCCCGCCCCAUACUCCCGCUCUCCAUCACCCCACCCCAGUCUCCUGCUUUCCAUCACCCCGCCCCAUUCUCCCGCUUUCCAUCACCCAGCCCCAUUCUCCCUCCUUCCAUCACCCCGCCCCAUUCUCCCGCUUUCCAUCACCCCGCCCCAUUCUCCCUCCUUCCAUCACCCCGCCCCAUUCUCCCGCUUUCCGUCACCCCGCCCCAUUCUCCUGCUUUCCAUCACCCCGCCCCAUUCUCCCGCUUUCCAUCACCCCGCCCCAUUCUCCUGCUUUCCAUCACCCCGCCCCAUUCUCCCUCCUUCCAUCACCCCGCCCCAUUCUCCCACUUUCCAUUGCCCGCCCCAUUCUCCCGCUUUCCAUCACCCCGCCCCAUUCUCCCGCUUUCCAUCACCCCGCCCCAUUCUCCCGCUUUCCAUCACCCCGCCCCAUUCUCCCUCCUUCCAUCACCCCGCCCCAUUCUCCUGCUUUCCAUCACCCCGCCCCAUUCUCCCGCUUUCCAUCACCCCGCCCCAUACUCCCGCUCUCCAUCACCCCGCCCCAUUCUCCCGCUUUCCAUCACCCCGCCCCAUUCUCCCGCUUUCCAUCACCCAGCCCCAUUCUCCCUCCUUCCAUCACCCCGCCCCAUUCUCCCGCUUUCCAUCACCCCGCCCCAUUCUCCUGCUUUCCAUCACCCCGCCCGAUUCUCCCGCUUUCCAUCACCCCGCCCCAUUCUCCCGCUUUCCAUCAACCCGCCCCAUUCUCCUGCUUUCCAUCACCCCGACCCAUUCUCCCUCUUUCCAUCACCCCGCCCCAUUCUCCCUCUUUCCAUCACCCCGCCCCAUUCUCCCGAUUUCCAUCACCCCGCCCCAUUCUCCUGCUUUCCAUCACCCCGCCCCAUUCUCCCGCUUUCCAUCACCCCGCCCCAUUCUCCCGCUCUCCAGCACCCCGCCCCAUUCUCCCGCUUUCCAUCACCCGCCCCAUUCUCCCGCUUUCCAGCACCCCGCCCCAUUCUCCCGCUUUCCAUCACCCCGCCCCAUUCUCCCGCUUUCCAGCACCCCGCCCCAUUCUCCUUCUUUCCAUUACCCCGCCCCAUUCUCCCGCUUUCCAGCACCCCGCCCCAUUCUCCCGCUUUCCAUCACCCCGCCCCAUACUCCCGCUCUCCAUCACCCCACCCCAGUCUCCUGCUUUCCAUCACCCCGCCCCAUUCUCCCGCUUUCCAUCACCCAGCCCCAUUCUCCCUCCUUCCAUCACCCCGCCCCAUUCUCCCGCUUUCCAUCACCCCGCCCCAUUCUCCCUCCUUCCAUCACCCCGCCCCAUUCUCCCGCUUUCCGUCACCCCGCCCCAUUCUCCUGCUUUCCAUCACCCUGCCCCAUUCUCCCGCUUUCCAUCACCCCGCCCCAUUCUCCUGCUUUCCAUCACCCCGCCCCAUUCUCCCUCCUUCCAUCACCCCGCCCCAUUCUCCCACUUUCCAUUGCCCGCCCCAUUCUCCCGCUUUCCAUCACCCCGCCCCAUUCUCCCGCUUUCCAUCACCCCGCCCCAUUCUCCCGCUUUCCAUCACCCCGCCCCAUUCUCCCUCCUUCCAUCACCCCGCCCCAUUCUCCUGCUUUCCAUCACCCCGCCCCAUUCUCCCGCUUUCCAUCACCCCGCCCCAUACUCCCGCUCUCCAUCACCCCGCCCCAUUCUCCCGCUUUCCAUCACCCCGCCCCAUUCUCCCGCUUUCCAUCACCCAGCCCCAUUCUCCCUCCUUCCAUCACCCCGCCCCAUUCUCCCACUUUCCAUCACCCCGCCCCAUUCUCCUGCUUUCCAUCACCCCGCCCGAUUCUCCCGCUUUCCAUCACCCCGCCCCAUUCUCCCGCUUUCCAUCAACCCGCCCCAUUCUCCUGCUUUCCAUCACCCCGACCCAUUCUCCCUCUUUCCAUCACCCCGCCCCAUUCUCCCUCUUUCCAUCACCCCGCCCCAUUCUCCCGAUUUCCAUCACCCCGCCCCAUUCUCCUGCUUUCCAUCACCCCGCCCCAUUCUCCCGCUUUCCAUCACCCCGCCCCAUUCUCCCGCUCUCCAGCACCCCGCCCCAUUCUCCCGCUUUCCAUCACCCGCCCCAUUCUCCCGCUUUCCAGCACCCCGCCCCAUUCUCCCGCUUUCCAUCACCCCGCCCCAUUCUCCCGCUUUCCAGCACCCCGCCCCAUUCUCCUUCUUUCCAUUACCCCGCCCCAUUCUCCCGCUUUCCAGCACCCCGCCCCAUUCUCCCGCUUUCCAUCACCCCGCCCCAUUUCCCGCUUUCCAGCACCCCGCCCCAUUCUCCCGCUUUCCAUCACCCCGCCCCAUUCUCCCGCUUUCCAUCACCCCGCCCCAUUCUCCCACUUUCCAUCAACCCGCCCCAUUCUCCCGCUUUGCAUCACCCCCCCCCAUUCUCCCGCUUUCCAUCACCUCGCCCCAUUCUCCCUCUUUCCAUCAUCCCGCCCCAUUCUCCCUCUUUCCAUCACCCCACCCCAUUCUCCCGCUUUCCAUCACCCCGCCCCAUUCUCCCGCUUUCCAUCACCCCGCCCCAUUCUCCCGCUUUCCAUCACCCCGCCCCAUUCUCCCGCUUUCCAUCACCCCGCCCCAUUCUCCCGCUUUCCAUCACCCCGCCCCAUUCUCCCGCUUUCCAUCACCCCGCCCCAUUCUCCCGCUUUCCAUCACCCCGCCCCAUUCUCCCGCUUUCCAUCACCCCGCCCCAUUCUCCCGCUUUCCAUCAACCCGCCCCAUUCACCGGAUUUCCAUCAACCCGCCCCAUCCUCCCUCCUUCCAUCACCCCAACCCAUUCUCCCGCUUUCCAUCCCAACCCAUUCUCCCGCUUUCCAUCACCCCGCCCCAUACUCCCGCUCUCCAUCACCCCACCCCAGUCUCCUGCUUUCCAUCACCCCGCCCCAUUCUCCCGCUUUCCAUCACCCAGCCCCAUUCUCCCUCCUUCCAUCACCCCGCCCCAUUCUCCCGCUUUCCAUCACCCCGCCCCAUUCUCCAUCCUUCCAUCACCCCGCCCCAUUCUCCCGCUUUCCAUCACCCCGCCCCAUUCUCCUGCUUUCCAUCACCCCGCCCCAUUCUCCCGCUUUCCAUCACCCCGCCCCAUUCUCCCGCUUUCCAUCACCACGCCCCAUUCUCCCUCCUUCCAUCACCCCGCCCCAUUCUCCCGCUUUCCAUCGCCCGCCCCAUUCUCCCGCUUUCCAUCACCCCGCCCCAUUCUCCCGCUUUCCAUCACCCCGCCCCAUUCUCCCGCUUUCCAUCACCCCGCCCCAUUCUCCCUCCUUCCAUCACCCCGCCCCAUUCUCCUGCUUUCCAUCACCCCGCCCCAUUCUCCCGCUUUCCAUCACCCCGCCCCAUACUCCCGCUCUCCAUCACCCCACCCCUUUCUCCCGCUUUCCAUCACCCCGCCCCAUUCUCCCGCUUUCCAUCACCCAGCCCCAUUCUCCCUCCUUCCAUCACCCCGCCCCAUUCUCCCGCUUUCCAUCACCCCGCCCCAUUCUCCCUCCUUCCAUCACCCCGCCCCAUUCUCCCGCUUUCCAUCACCCCGCCCCAUUCUCCCGCUUUCCAUCACCCCGCCCCAUUCUCCCGCUUUCCAUCACCCCGCCCCAUUCUCCCGCUUUCCAUCACCACGCCCCAUUCUCCCGCUUUCCAUCACCCCGCCCCAUUCUCCCGCUUUCCAUCACCCCGCCCCAUUCUCCCGCUUUCCAUCACCCCGCCCCAUUCUCCCUCCUUCCAUCACCCCGCCCCAUUCUCCCGCUUUCCAUCACCCCGCCCCAUUCUCCCGCUUUCCAUCACCCCGCCCCAUUCUCCCGCUUUCCAUCACCCCGCCCCAUUCUCCCUCCUUCCAUCACCCCGCCCCAUUCUCCCGCUUUCCAUCACCCCGCCCCAUUCUCCCGCUUUCCAUCACCCCGCCCCAUUCUCCCGCUUUCCAUCACCCCGCCCCAUUCACCCGCUUUCCAUCACCCCGUCCCAUUCUCCUGCUUUCCAUCACCCCGCCCCAUUCUCCCGCUUUCCAUCACCCCACCCCAUUCUCCCGCUUUCCAUCACCCCGCCCCAUUCUCCUGAUUUCCAUCGCCCCGCCCCAUUCUCCCGCUUUCCAUCACCCCGCCCCAUUCUCCCGCUUUCCAUCACCCCGCCCCAUUCUCCCGCUUUCCAUCACCCCGCCCCAUUCUCCCAUCUCCCUCCUUCCAUCACCCCGCCCCAUUCUCCCGCUUUCCAUCACCCCGCCCCAUUCUCCCGCUUUCCAUCACCACGCCCCAUUCUCCCGCUUUCCAUCACCCCGCCCCAUUCUCCCGCUUUCCAUCACCCCGCCCCAUUCUCCCGCUUUCCAUCACCCCGCCCCAUUCUCCCUCCUUCCAUCACCCCGCCCCAUUCUCCCGCUUUCCAUCACCCCGCCCCAUUCUCCCGCUUUCCAUCACCCCGCCCCAUUCUCCCGCUUUCCAUCACCCCGCCCCAUUCUCCCUCCUUCCAUCACCCCGCCCCAUUCUCCCGCUUUCCAUCACCCCGCCCCAUUCUCCCGCUUUCCAUCACCCCGCCCCAUUCUCCCGCUUUCCAUCACCCCGCCCCAUUCACCCGCUUUCCAUCACCCCGUCCCAUUCUCCUGCUUUCCAUCACCCCGCCCCAUUCUCCCUUUUUCCAUCACCCCACCCCAUUCUCCCGCUUUCCAUCACCCCGCCCCAUUCUCCCGCUUUCCAUCACCCCGCCCCAUUCUCCCGCUUUCCAUCACCCCGCCCCAUUCUCCCGCUUUCCAUCACCCCGCCCCAUUCUCCCUCCUUCCAUCACCCCGCCCCAUUCUCCCUCCUUCCAUCACCCCGCCCCAUUCUCCCGCUUUCCAUCACCCCGCCCCAUUCUCCCGCUUUCCAUCACUCCGUCCCAUUCUCCCGCUUUCCAUCACCCCACCCCAUUCUCCCGCUUUCCAUCACCCCGCCCCACUCUCCCGCUUUCCAUCACCCCGCCCCAUUCUCCUGCUUUCCAUCACCCCGCCCCAUUCUCCCCCUUUCCGUUACCCCGCCCCAUUCUCCCUCCUUCCAUCACCCCGCCCCAUUCUCCCGCUUUCCAACACCCCGCCCCAUUCUCCCGCGUUCCAUCACCCGGCCCCAUUCUCCCACUUUCCAUCACCCCGCCCCAUUCUCCCGCUUUCCAUCACCCCGCCCCAUUCUCCCGCUUUCCAUCACCCCGCCCCAAUCUCCCACUUUCCAUCACCCCGCCCCAUUCUCCCGCUUUCCAUCACCCCGCCCCAUUCUCCCGCUCUCCAUCACCCCGCCCCAUUCUCCCUCCUUCCAUCACCCCGCCCCAUUCUCCCGCUUUCCAUCACCCCGCCCCAUUCUCCAUCCUUCCAUCACCCCGCCCCAUUCUCCCGCUUUCCAUCACCCCGCCCCAUUCUCCUGCUUUCCAUCACCCCGCCCCAUUCUCCCGCUUUCCAUCACCCCGCCCCAUUCUCCCGCUUUCCAUCACCACGCCCCAUUCUCCCUCCUUCCAUCACCCCGCCCCAUUCUCCCGCUUUCCAUCGCCCGCCCCAUUCUCCCGCUUUCCAUCACCCCGCCCCAUUCUCCCGCUUUCCAUCACCCCGCCCCAUUCUCCCGCUUUCCAUCACCCCGCCCCAUUCUCCCUCCUUCCAUCACCCCGCCCCAUUCUCCUGCUUUCCAUCACCCCGCCCCAUUCUCCCGCUUUCCAUCACCCCGCCCCAUACUCCCGCUCUCCAUCACCCCACCCCUUUCUCCCGCUUUCCAUCACCCCGCCCCAUUCUCCCGCUUUCCAUCACCCAGCCCCAUUCUCCCUCCUUCCAUCACCCCGCCCCAUUCUCCCGCUUUCCAUCACCCCGCCCCAUUCUCCCUCCUUCCAUCACCCCGCCCCAUUCUCCCGCUUUCCAUCACCCCGCCCCAUUCUCCCGCUUUCCAUCACCCCGCCCCAUUCUCCCGCUUUCCAUCACCCCGCCCCAUUCUCCCGCUUUCCAUCACCACGCCCCAUUCUCCCGCUUUCCAUCACCCCGCCCCAUUCUCCCGCUUUCCAUCACCCCGCCCCAUUCUCCCGCUUUCCAUCACCCCGCCCCAUUCUCCCUCCUUCCAUCACCCCGCCCCAUUCUCCCGCUUUCCAUCACCCCGCCCCAUUCUCCCGCUUUCCAUCACCCCGCCCCAUUCUCCCGCUUUCCAUCACCCCGCCCCAUUCUCCCUCCUUCCAUCACCCCGCCCCAUUCUCCCGCUUUCCAUCACCCCGCCCCAUUCUCCCGCUUUCCAUCACCCCGCCCCAUUCUCCCGCUUUCCAUCACCCCGCCCCAUUCACCCGCUUUCCAUCACCCCGUCCCAUUCUCCUGCUUUCCAUCACCCCGCCCCAUUCUCCCGCUUUCCAUCACCCCACCCCAUUCUCCCGCUUUCCAUCACCCCGCCCCAUUCUCCUGAUUUCCAUCGCCCCGCCCCAUUCUCCCGCUUUCCAUCACCCCGCCCCAUUCUCCCGCUUUCCAUCACCCCGCCCCAUUCUCCCGCUUUCCAUCACCCCGCCCCAUUCUCCCAUCUCCCUCCUUCCAUCACCCCGCCCCAUUCUCCCGCUUUCCAUCACCCCGCCCCAUUCUCCCGCUUUCCAUCACCACGCCCCAUUCUCCCGCUUUCCAUCACCCCGCCCCAUUCUCCCGCUUUCCAUCACCCCGCCCCAUUCUCCCGCUUUCCAUCACCCCGCCCCAUUCUCCCUCCUUCCAUCACCCCGCCCCAUUCUCCCGCUUUCCAUCACCCCGCCCCAUUCUCCCGCUUUCCAUCACCCCGCCCCAUUCUCCCGCUUUCCAUCACCCCGCCCCAUUCUCCCUCCUUCCAUCACCCCGCCCCAUUCUCCCGCUUUCCAUCACCCCGCCCCAUUCUCCCGCUUUCCAUCACCCCGCCCCAUUCUCCCGCUUUCCAUCACCCCGCCCCAUUCACCCGCUUUCCAUCACCCCGUCCCAUUCUCCUGCUUUCCAUCACCCCGCCCCAUUCUCCCUUUUUCCAUCACCCCACCCCAUUCUCCCGCUUUCCAUCACCCCGCCCCAUUCUCCCGCUUUCCAUCACCCCGCCCCAUUCUCCCGCUUUCCAUCACCCCGCCCCAUUCUCCCGCUUUCCAUCACCCCGCCCCAUUCUCCCUCCUUCCAUCACCCCGCCCCAUUCUCCCUCCUUCCAUCACCCCGCCCCAUUCUCCCGCUUUCCAUCACCCCGCCCCAUUCUCCCGCUUUCCAUCACUCCGUCCCAUUCUCCCGCUUUCCAUCACCCCACCCCAUUCUCCCGCUUUCCAUCACCCCGCCCCACUCUCCCGCUUUCCAUCACCCCGCCCCAUUCUCCUGCUUUCCAUCACCCCGCCCCAUUCUCCCCCUUUCCGUUACCCCGCCCCAUUCUCCCUCCUUCCAUCACCCCGCCCCAUUCUCCCGCUUUCCAACACCCCGCCCCAUUCUCCCGCGUUCCAUCACCCGGCCCCAUUCUCCCACUUUCCAUCACCCCGCCCCAUUCUCCCGCUUUCCAUCACCCCGCCCCAUUCUCCCGCUUUCCAUCACCCCGCCCCAAUCUCCCACUUUCCAUCACCCCGCCCCAUUCUCCCGCUUUCCAUCACCCCGCCCCAUUCUCCCGCUCUCCAUCACCCCGCCCCAUUCUCCCUCCUUCCAUCACCCCGCCCCAUUCUCCCGCUUUCCAUCAUCCCGCCCCAUUCUCCCGCUUUCCACCACCCCGCCCCAUUCUCCCGCUUUCCAUCACACCGCCCCAUUCUCCCGCUUUCCAUUACCCCGCCCCAUUCUCCCGCUUUCCAUCACCCCGCCCCAUACUCCCGCUCUCCAUCACCCCACCCCAUUCUCCCGCUUUCCAUCACCCCGCCCCAUUCUCCCGCUUUCCAUCACCCAGCCCCAUUCUCCCUCCUUCCAUCACCCCGCCCCAUUCUCCCGCUUUCCAUCACCCCGCCCCAUUCUCCCUCCUUCCAUCACCCCGCCCCAUUCUCCCGCUUUCCAUCACCCCGCCCCAUUCUCCCGCUUUCCAUCACGCCGCCCCAUUCUCCCGCUUUCCAUCACCCCGCCCCACUCUCCCGCUUUCCAUCACCACGCCCAUUCUCCCGCUUUCCAUCACCCCGCCCCAUUCUCCCUCCUUCCAUCACCCCACCCCAUUCUCCCGCUUUCCAACACCCCGCCCCAUUCUCCCGCGUUCCAUCACCCUGCCCCAUUCUCCCGCUUUCCAUUACCCCGCCCCAUUCUCCCGCUUUCCAUCACCCCGCCCCAUUCUCCCGCUUUCCAUCACCCCGCCCCAAUCUCCCACUUUCCAUCACCCCGCCCCAUUCUCCCGCUUUCCAUCACCCCGCCCCAUUCUCCCGCUUCCAUCAGCCCGCCCCAUUCUCCCUCCUUCCAUCACCCCGCCCCAUUCUCCCGCUUUCCAUCACCCCGCCCCAUUCUCCCGCUUUCCACCACCCCGCCCCAUUCUCCCGCUUUCCAUCACCCCGCCCCAUUCUCCCGCUUUCCAUCACCCCGCCCCAUUCUCCCGCUUUCCAUCACCCCGCCCCAUUCUCCCGCUUUCCAUCACCCCGCCCAUUCUCCCGCUUUCCAUCACCCCGCCCCAUUCUUCCGCUUUCCAUUACCACGCCCCAUUCUCCCGCUUUCCAUCACCCCGCCCCAUUCUCCCGCUUUCCAUCACCCCGCCCCAUUCUCCCUCCUUCCAUCACCCCGCCCCAUUCUCCCGCUUUCCAACACCCCGCCCAAUUCUCCCGCGUUCCAUCACCCCGCCCCAUUCUCCCGCUUUCCAUCACCCCGCCCCAUUCUCCCGCUUUCCAUCACCCCGCCCCAUUCUCCCGCUUUCCAUCACCCCGCCCCAUUCUCCCGCUUUCCAUCACCCCACCCCAUUCUCCCGCUUUCCAUCACCCCGCCCCAUUCUCCCGCUCUCCAGCACCCCGCCCCAUUCUCCCGCUUUCCAUCACCCCGCCCCAUUCUCCCCCUUUCCGUCACCCCGCCCCAUUCUCCCUCCUUCCAUCACCCCGCCCCAUUCUCCCGCUUUCCAACACCCCGCCCCAUUCUCCCUCCUUCCAUCACCCCGCCCCAUUCUCCCGCUUUCCAUCACCCCGCCCCAUUCUCCCGCUUUCCAUCACCCCGCCCCAUUCUCCCACUUUCCAUCACCCCGCCCCAUUCUCCCUCCUUCCAUCACCCCGCCCCAUUCUCCCGCUUUCCAUCACCCCGCCCCAUUCUCCCGCCUUCCAUCACCCCGCCUCAUUCUCCCGCCUUCCAUCACCCUGCCCCAUACUCCCUCCUUCCAUCACCCCGCCCCAUUCACCCGCUAUCCAUCACCCCGCCCCAUUCUCCCGCUUUCCAUCACCCCGCACCAUUCUCCCGCUUUCCAUCACCCCGCACCAUUCUCCCACAUUCCAUCACCCCGCCCCAUUUUCCCGCUUUCCAUCACCCCGCCCCGUUCUCCCGCUUUCCAUCACCCCGCCCCGUUCUCCCGCUUUCCAUCACCCCGCCCCAUUCUCCCUCCUUCCAUCACCCCGCCCCAUUCUCCCGCUUUCCAUCACCCCGCCCCAUUCUCCCGCUUUCCAUCACCCCGCCCCAUUCUCCCGCUUUCCAUCACCCCGCCCCAUUCUCCCGCUUUCCAUCACCCCGCCCCAUUCUCCCUCCUUGCAUCAUCCCGCCCCAUUCUCCCGCCUUCCAUCACCCCGCCCCAUUCUCCCGCUUUCCAUCACCCCGCCCCAUUCUCCCGCUUUCCAUCACCCCGCCCCAUUCUCCCUCCUUGCAUCACCCCGCCCCAUUCUCCCGCCUUCCAUCACCCCGCCCCAUUCUCCCUCCUUUGAUCACCCCGCCCCAUUCUCCCGCUUUCUAUCAACCCGCCCCAUUCUCCCGCUUUCCAUCACCCUGCCCCAUUCUCCCGCUUUCCAUCACCCCGCCCCAUUCUCCCUCCUUCCAUCACCCCGUCCCAUUCUCCCGCUUUCCAUCACCCCGCCCAUUCUCCCGCUUUCCAUCACCCCGCCCCAUUCUCCUGCUUUCCAUCACCCCGCCCCAUUCUCCCGCUUUCUAUCAGCCCCUCCCUAUUCUCCCACUUUCCAUCACCCCGCCCCAUUCUCCAGCUUUCCAUCACCCCGUCCCAUUCUCCCUCCUUCCAUCACCCCGCCCCAUUCUCCCGCUUUCCAUCACCCCGCCCCAUUCUCCCGCUUUCCAUCACCCCGCCCCAUUCUCCCGCUUUCCAUCACCCCGCCCCAUUCUCCCGCUUUCCAUCACCCCGCCCCAUUCUCCCGCUUUCCAUCACCCCGCCCCAUUCUCCCGCUUUCCAUCACCCGCCCCAUUCUCCCGCUUUCUAUCAACCCGCCCCAUUCUCCCGCUUUCCAUCACCCCGCCCCAUUCUCCCGCUUUCCAUCACCCCGCCCCAUUCUCCCUCCUUCGAUCACCCCGCCCCAUUCUCCCGCUUUCCAUCACCCCGCCCCAUUCUCCCGCUUUCCAUCACCCCGCCCCAUUCUCCCGCUUUCCAUCACCCCGCCCCAUUCUCCCGCUUUCCAUCACCCCGCCCU